GGGACUUCUGGCGGCGCCCUCAUGGUUGCCUUAGCAUGGCUACCUAGGGAUCUGUUCACUGAUUUAGAGGGUCCCAGAGCUCUGGGUCGGGACUGAGGUGAAAGAGCGGAAAAACGCGAGAAGCGGUGUUCCUUCUACACAGAGGCUAGAGUGCGGAUCGGCUGAGUCGGCUGCAGGCGCCCCUGCCUCCGUCAGCGUCCAGGUGACCGCCGUUCCCGCCCCGCUCUUCCCUGGCUGGACUGGAGGAGGCCGCGCCGAUGAACCUGACCGAGGUGCGUGCAGCGUCCCAGGCCGCCCCGCCCAACCCCUCCUCCCAGUGCUGAAGUCCCAAGGAGCCGCCCUGCAGGAUUGUAUGGUCUUUGAGGAUGUGGCCAUAUAUUUCUCCCAGGAGGAAUGGGGGAUCCUUAAUGAUGCUCAGAGACACCUGCACAGCAAUGUGAUGUUGGAGAACUUUGCGCUUUUGUCAUCAGUAGGUUGUUGGCAUGGAGCCAAGGAUGAGGAGGUACCUUCCAAGCAGUGUGUUUCUGUAAGGGUGUUACAGGUCACAAUUCCAAAGCCAGCUUUGUCCACCCUGAAGGCCCAGCCCUGCAAGACGUGUAGCUCACUUCUGAAGGACAUUCUGCACCUGGCUGAGCACGAUGGAACACACCCUGAGCAAGGGCUGUACACAUGUGCAGCAGAGCAUGACCUGCACCAAAAGGAGCAGAUUAGAGAGAAGCUCACCAGAAGUGAUGAGUGGAGGCCUUCAUUUGUGAACCACAGUGCUCACGUGGGAGAGAGGAACUUCACAUGCACGCAGGGUGGCAAGGAUUUUACUGCCAGCUCAGACCUUCUCCAGCAACAGGUCUUAAACAGUGGGUGGAAGCUAUACAGGGAUACCCAGGAUGGGGAAGCCUUUCAAGGCGAACAGAAUGAUUUCAACUCCAGCCAAGGUGGGAAAGACUUUUGCCACCAACAUGGGCUGUUUGAGCACCAAAAAACCCAUAAUGGGGAGAGGCCUUAUGAGUUCAGUGAAUGUGGGGAAUUGUUUAGGUACAACUCCAACCUUAUUAAAUAUCAGCAAAAUCAUGCUGGAGAAAGGCCUUAUGAGGGCACUGAAUAUGGAAAGACCUUUAUUAGAAAGUCCAACCUAGUUCAGCACCAGAAAAUUCACAGUGAAGGCUUUCUUUCAAAAAGGUCUGACCCUAUUGAACAUCAGGAGAUUCUCAGUAGACCAACACCUUAUGAAUGCACCCAGUGUGGGAAGGCCUUUCUUACACAGGCUCAUCUGGUUGGUCACCAGAAAACCCAUACUGGAGAACAGCCCUAUGAAUGCAACAAGUGUGGGAAGUUUUUUAUGUAUAACUCCAAACUCAUCAGACAUCAGAAAGUUCACACUGGGGAGAGGCGUUACGAGUGCAGUGAAUGUGGGAAAUUGUUUAUGGACAGCUUCACACUCGGUAGACAUCAGAGAGUUCAUACUGGAGAAAGGCCUUUUGAAUGCAGCAUAUGUGGAAAAUUCUUUAGUCACCGCUCCACACUCAAUAUGCACCAGAGAGUUCAUACUGGCAAAAGGCCUUAUAAGUGUAGCGAAUGUGGGAAAGCCUUUAGCCUCAAACAUAAUGUUGUUCAGCAUCUGAAAAUUCAUACUGGAGAACGGCCUUAUGAGUGCACUGAAUGUGAGAAGGCCUUUGUUAGAAAGUCCCACCUAGUUCAGCACCAGAAAAUCCACACUGAUGCAUUUUCAAAAAGGUCUGACCUCAUUCAACACAAGAGGAUUGACAUUAGGCCAAGGCCUUAUACAUGUAGUGAAUGUGGGAAGGCCUUCCUUACACAGGCUCAUCUGGUUGGUCACCAGAAAAUCCAUACUGGAGAACGGCCUUAUGAAUGCACUCAAUGUGCGAAGGCCUUUGUUAGAAAGUCCCACCUAGUUCAGCACGAGAAAAUCCACACUGAUGCAUUUUCAAAAAGGUCUGACCUCAUUCAACACAAGAGGAUUGACCUCAGGCCAAGGCCUUAUGUGUGUAGUGAAUGUGGGAAGGCCUUCCUUACACAGGCUCAUCUAGAUGGUCACCAGAAAAUCCAGACUGGAGAACGGCGUUAUGAAUGCAAUGAAUGUGGGAAAUUCUUUCUGGACAGCUACAAACUUGUUAUUCAUCAGAGAAUUCACACUGGAGAAAAGCCUUAUAAAUGCAGCAAAUGUGGGAAAUUCUUUAGAUAUCGCUGUACACUGAGUAGACAUCAGAAAGUUCACACUGGAGAAAGACCUUAUGAGUGUAGUGAAUGUGGGAAAUUUUUUAGAGAUAGCUACAAACUCGUUAUUCAUCAGAGAGUUCAUACUGGAGAAAAGCCUUAUGAAUGCAGCAACUGUGGGAAGUUUCUUAGAUACCGCUCUACAUUCAUUAAACAUCAUAAAGUUUGCACUGGGGAGAAGCCUCAUGAGUGCAGUAAAUGUAGGGAAUUGUUUAGGACUAAAUCGAGCCUUAUUAUACAUCAGCAGCCUCACACUGGAGAAAGGUCUUAUGAGUGUGGUGAAUGCAGCAAAGUGUUUAAAUACAACUCCAGCCUCAUUAAACAUCAGAGAAUUCACACUGGAAAAAGGCCUUAGUGGAGUGAAUGCAGGAAAGUCACCAAAACUGUCACCUCAUUCAGCACCACAAGGUUCACAUCAGAGAAAGAACCUAUUAAUAUAUGUAAAUCUAAUGUUGAAAGAGUUCAGAUGGAAAUCUGCAAGGAUUUCCUGCUGGGAACUACAUUAAAAACAUUUAUGUCCAGGCGCGGUGGCUCAUGCCUGUCAUCCCAGCACUUUGGGAGGCCGAGGUGGGUGGAUCACCUGAGGUCAGGAGUUUGAGACCAGCCGGGCCAACAUGGUGAAGCCCCAUCUCUACUAAAAAUACAAAAAUUAGCUGGGCGUGGUGGCGGGUGCCUGUAAUCCCAGCUACUCAGGAGGCUGAGGCAGGAGAAUCACUUGAACCCAGGCAACAGAGGUUACAGUGAGCGGAGAUCACACCACUGCACUCCAGCCUGGGUGACAGGGCGAGACUCUGUCUCAAAAAGAAAAAAAUUAUAAUUGUGGCAAAUUACAGGUAACUUAAAAUCUACCAUCUUAACCCAUAUUUAACUGUACUGUUCAGUAGUGUUAAGUCAUUCGCAUUGUUGUCAAUUAAUAUCCAGAAGUUUUUUCAACUUAAUGAAACUAAAACAUUAUACCCUUUAAACCAGGGGUCCACAACCCCCAGGCUGCAAACUGGUACCAGUCUGUGGCCUGUUAGGAACCGGGCCAGCAUCACUACCUGAGCUUCACCUCCUGUCAGAUCAGCAGCAUUAGAUUCUCAUAGCAGCCUGAGCCCUAUUGUGAACUGUGCCUGUGAGGGAUCUAGGUUGUGUGCUCCUUAGGAGAAUCUAACUAAUACCUGAUGAUCUGAGGUGGAACAGUUUUAUUCUGAAACUGUCCGCCCCCUCCUCUGUCCCUGAUGCGUGGAAAAAUUGGCUUCCAUGAAACCAGUCCCUGGUGCCAAAAAGGUUGGGGACCGCUGCUUUAAACCACUCCUCUUCCUCAUUCCCUACGCCAACCAGCCCCUGACAAUACUACUGUAUGAAUUUUACUAUAAAUAUCUCAUAUGAGGAAACUUAAGUUUUAGUCUUUUGUGACUUAUUUUGAGGCUUAUUUCCCUUAAUGUCUUCAAGGUUUAUCCAUGUUGUAGCAUAGCUUAUGAUUUUCAUCUUUUUUAAAGGCCGAAUAAAAUCCCAUUGUAGUCAUGUGUCGCCUAA